AUGGGUCUUGAAUCAGAUGAUGGGUUACUAGAUCAUGGUCUUCACGUCCACAAAUUUGGUGAUUUAAGUGACCAAUGCCAAGCAGCUGGCCCGCACUAUAACCCCUUUGAACGGGAUCAUGGUAGAAGACGGGGUAAUCUAAGACACAUUGGUGAUUUUGGCAAUGUACGAGAGGAUGGCAAUGGUAACAUUAUAGCAGAGUUUCCAGUACCACAAACUUCAAUAGUAGGACCCCGAUCAGUUAUUGGCCGAGCUGUCGUGUUGCACGCACUACAAGAUGAUUUGGGUUCGGGUAUUAACGACGAGAGUCGACGAACUGGUAACUCUGGUUCAAGACUAGCUUGCUGUGUUAUUGGUCGUUCUGACUCUGUGCGAAGCUCCAGAACUAGAUGA